AAAAGUUUUAAGCAGAAGUGCCUCACCCUCCGGGGAUCGCCGUUGCCGCCGCCCCGCCUCCUCGCUUCUCGAUCUGGCGGGGAGAUGGAGGCGCCGCGGGGAAGAGGAAGGGGUCGGGGAGUGGAGACCGGAGAGGGGUCUUCAUGCAGGAUAUAAACAGACAUUUUAGGGUUUCAUCACUCUCUCAUCCCCCCACCCAGCCGCCCCUGCCUCCUCCCUCUCCCUCGCAGGCUCGCACACGCCGCGGCGCCUGCCCCCUCCCUCGUGCCGCUGUGUUGCCCCUACCCUCCUCCCGCCGCGCCGCCCCCCGGCCUUCCUCCCUCGCGCCGUCGCCCGGCCUUCCUCCCUCGCGACGCCGCCCCCUCUCCCCCUCGCGCCACCGCCCCCUGCACAGCAACACAGAGGCGUGGACGCGCGGCGAGCCGGCGAGGACGCGAGCGGCGCGGAGCCCCAGCUGCCCCCCGGCCCUACUCCCGCGGGCGCCGCGCCGCCGUCCGGCCGCCCCCGGCGUUCCUCCCUCGCGACGCCGCUCCGCCGCCCCCUGCACAACGAGCGAGCGCGUGGAGCCCCGGCCACCCCCAACCGUCAGCUCGCCGGGCACACGGUUGCGGCGGAGCAGGCGCGGCCGCAGUCUCUCCGACGGGAGGUCCUUGGACACGGGAGGAGGGAGGAGGGAGAUGUCGUACAUGCGCGGUGACCUGCUGACCAAGACUCGGAAACUGGUGAAGGGCCUCGCCAAGCCUGCCCCCACAUGGCUCAAGGCCAUGCAAGAGGCACCUCCAGUGACAUUUCCUCGUGUGGAUGGAAAGAUCAAGAAGAUUGAGUUGCCAGAGGAUGUGUACAUUAAGAAGUUCUUCAAAAAUCAUCCAGAAUCGCUCUACCACGAUGCAAUCAAGAUAAGUGGAUUUGAUCCGCCACCAGCACGAGUUUUUGCUUGGCGUGUCUUGGAGUUGAAAGAGCAAGGAGUCAGUGAAGAUUAUGCGAUAGCUGUAGCAGAUUUUGAGUAUCGCAAAGAAAAGAAAGCCAAGAAGAAAGCGUACAAGGAACUUAAAGAAAUCGCCUGUAGUGAAGGGAAGGAACCGCCGCCAAACCCAUACCCAAGUGCGAUCAAGGAAAUACAAGCAGAGGAAAAGAAGUAUGUUAUGGAUCGUUUCUAUAACCCUAAGGUAAUUGAGAUUGCGAAUAAGAUGAAAGAGGAGAGAGAUAUGUUGCUUCGAGAUAGAGCAGCAUCAGGUCAGUGGUAGUAACAGGCAUUAGUUGGACUGGCCGACUAGGUAUUAUGUUUAUGAAAUCGGCCAACUUUCAUCAUCAAAAAUAAUGGAUGCGUAAUUGAAAUUAAUAUGGCAAAUAAGGAACUUUGUUUUUAUACA